CCGACGGGCGGCCCCGGGCUCCUCGCGCUGGAAGAUGAACAGAGCAGAUUCACCAAAACCACCAGUUGCUCCCAAGCCAAACACUGCCAGUCCCCUCACACCAGUAACGGCACCCAAAUUCCCUUCCUUACCCAGGCCUGACAGUCUUCACAGUCCCAACUCCAUGUCAAGGGGGCCAAAACCCCCCAUCGCUCCUAAGCCCAGGCUGGAUACCCCCAGUGAGUGGAGAGCCAGUGUGUACAUGAUCAACAGCUUGAACAAAUGCAGCAAUGGGAAGCUGCUCUGCGUAGAUAGGGGGCUUUAUGAAGAGCAACAGUCCAACCUGGAGUGCUCCAAGGCCGAGGCCAGUGAGGAUUACAUCGUGGUCCCCAGGGCUCUGCCAAGAGAGGAUGAACCCAGGGAUGGGGACUCUAUGGAGAAUGCAGUCAUAGUGCCUCCAGAUGCCACUGGGAAAGAGGAAUCCCAGGAGGGAAGUGAGGAGGAGGGAGCUGCUGAGGAAGUGGCUGAGGAAGUGGCAGCCCCAGCCGAAGUGGAACUGAGUGGAGAGGCUGAAGAAGGUGUAGCCCCCAUUCCUGAGAACGUGGAAGCUGAUGACUGUCCCCAAGACCCAGGGGCAGAGGAGCAGAAGUUCACAAGUGAGGAGGAAGAGAAGCUGGUGGAAGAACACAAUGUGUACAACUUGGAGGACAGGGGCCCUUGGGAUGGAGAGGCCGUCUUUCCGAGCGAUAUCAUUCUAACUCAAGUCUAUUUAGAGGGUUCAGAAGUACCUGGCAAGGAGCCUGGGCUUCCUGAGACACCCAGGGAGGCAGAGGAGGCUGAUAAGGAAGGCUAUGCCAACACAGAACCAGGGGCGACAGACGAAUAUGUGGAUUCUGACAAGCCCACUGAGGAAGGUGCUCAAGACACCAGUGAGGAACCCCUGGAGAAUGAGGGAUUGGCCACAGGAAUCCAGGAGGCGAAGAUAGUCGCAGACAGCCCUGACAUCUCUGAGGGAGAGUGUGAAGAGGCCACUGGCAGUGGCAUCCAGGAUGACCAGGAUGAACCACCCGACCAAGAAGAGAAAACUGACCAAGAAGAAAUGGCAGCAGUCACCCAAGAGGAGAGAGAGGAUGCUCCAGAAGGUGAGGACUCCGUGCAGGAGGAACCUGCUGAGGAGAGCUGCCAGAUUAUUCCUUUUGAAAAUGACUGUAUGGAUGACUUUGUGACUUCACUCUCAGGAAGUCCCUAUGAGUUCUUCCCUACAGAGAGCACUUCUUUCUGUAGUGAAAGCUACUCUUCUUUUUCUGAGUCAGCGAAAGGCUUAGAGUCAGAGCAGGAAGCAAAGUUGGGAGAACAUGCAGACCAGGACUCGGAGGCUGGAACUUUAUGUGGCCCAUGUGGCUCCCUGCAGGAUGGCACUGGAGAGGGCCUCUCUCUCCCUGAUGUGGUGGUCUUGCCAGAGGAUGAGGAUGCCACAGACGACGCCCUUACCAACCCCUAUGAGAUGGGAGCUGACUUGGUGUGUGGGACUGACCCUGGAGAGGGAGAAAAACCUGAGACACAGGCUGCAUCAGAUGCCCUAAGUGGUUAUGGCUCAAAAGAAGAAGUGAACUCUGAUGCUGAGGGCGGCCUCAUCCUCAUUGACAGGAAGAACCUCAUCUCAAGGGUCAGGCCCCACUCUGGGAAGGUGGCUGGCUAUGUCCCAGAAACUGUACCAGAAGAAACUGGACCAGAAACUGUCUCAUCGUCAGCCAUUGGCAUUGGAAAUGCCCCUGAAGAGGCAAGGAAGAUGGUUCUGUCAUUGGAGGGAAAGCCACCGGAAGCCAGCAGGGCCUUACCAGCAAAGCCCAGAGCCUUCACUCUAUACCCUCGUUCAUUCUCAGUGGAAGGCCGAGAGAUCCCAGUCUCUGUGUACCGGGAGCCAGAGGCAUCUGGCUUAGAUGACCAUCGAAUCAAAAGGAAAGAUGACAACCUCUCUCUGUCCUGUGUGAUUGGCUCCUCAGGGAGUUUUUCCCAGAGGAACCACCUUCCAUCCAGUGGCACUUCAACACCAUCCUCUGUGGUCGAUAUCCCACCACCUUUCGACUUGGCCUGCAUCACCAAGAAGCCCAUCACAAAGAGCUCUCCCUCACUCCUGAUUGACAGCGAGCUUCCAGAUAAGCACAGCAAGAAGAAGAAGUCUUCCUUUAAGCGGUUUCUGGCGCUGACAUUUAAGAAGAAGACCGAGAAUAAAGUGCAUGUGGAUGUCAACGUGUCUUCUUCCAGAUCCUCUUCAGAAUCCAGCUACCAUGGGCCUUCCCGGCUUCUGGAAAUUGACCGCAGGAGCCUCAGUAACUCCCCUCAGCUGAAGGCCCGGACUGGCAAGCUCCGGGCUUCUGAAUCACCUUCCUCCCUCAUCUUCUACAGGGAUGGCAAGAGGAAAGGUGUCCCCUUCAGCAGGACGGUGUCCCGAGUGGAGUCCUUUGAAGACCGUUCCCGGCCCCCCUUUCUGCCCUUACCCCUGACCAAGCCCCGGUCCAUCUCAUUCCCCAAUGCUGACACUUCGGACUAUGAGAACAUUCCAGCCAUGAACUCCGACUAUGAGAAUAUUCAGAUUCCACCCCGGAGGCCUGCAAGGGCUGGGACAUUUACGAAGCUGUUUGAAGAUCAGAGCAGAGCCCUGUCUACAGCAAACGAAAAUGAUGGCUAUGUGGACAUGAGCAGCUUCAACACCUUUGAGAGCAAGCAGCAGAAUGCAGACCAGGAAGCAGAAAGUGCCUAUACAGAACCAUACAAGGUCUGUCCCAUCUCGGCAGCAGCCCCCAAGGAGGAUCUCACAUCGGAUGAAGAGCAGGGAAGCUCGGAGGAGGAGGACAGUGCUCCAAGAGACCCCAGCCUCACCCAAAAGGUGGAAGGACAGUCCAGAGCCCAUGUCAUCGCACAGGAACUGCUAUCUUCAGAAAAAACAUACGUGGAGAUGCUCCAGCACUUACAUCUGGAUUUCUACGGAGCUGUUGUGAGGACCUUGGAUGAAAUGGACCAAGAAGGCAAGGACACACUGGCCAGGGAGGAGCUGAGGCAUGGCCUGAGCAAACUCCCAGCCAUCCUCGACCUUCAUCAGGGGAUCCUGGAGGAGCUGGGAGAAAGGUUGCUGCACUGGGAGGGCCAGCAGAAGGUGGCUGAUGUCUUUCUGGCUCGGGAGCAGGAGUUUGACCACCACGCCGCUCACAUCCUGCAGUUUGACAGGUAUCUAAGUCUGCUCGCUGAGAACUGCCUCCAUUCUCCCCGGCUGGCAGCUGCUGUCCGUGAAUUUGAGCAGAGUCAGCAAGGAGGCGGCCAGAAUGUGAAGCACAGGCUGCUGCGGGUGGUUCAGCGCCUCUUCCAGUACCAAGUGCUCCUCACAGACUAUUUAAAUAACCUUUCCCCGGACUCAGCUGAGUAUGAUAACACACAGGGCGCGCUGACCCUCAUCUCUAAAGUCACAGACCACGCCAACGACAGCAUGGAGCAAGGGGAAAACCUGCAGAAGCUUGUCCACAUUGAGCACAGUGUUCGGGGCCAAGGGGAUCUCCUCCAACCAGGAAGGGAGUUUCUGAAGGAAGGGACACUGAUGAAAGUAACAGGGAAAAACAGACGCCCCCGGCACCUGUUCCUGAUGAGCGACAUGCUCCUGUACACAUAUCCCCAGAAGGAUGGGAAGUACCGGUUGAAGAACACGUUGGCAGUGGCCAGCAUGAAGGUCAGCCGCCCUGUGAUGGAGAAAGUGCCCUACGCUCUAAAGAUUGAGACUUCCGAGUGCUGCCUGACUCUGUCUGCAAGCUCCUGUGCAGAGCGGGACGAGUGGCAUGGCUGUCUGAGUAGAGCCCUCCCUGAGGACUAUAAGGCCCAGGCUCUGGCUGCCUUCCACCACAGUGUGGAGAUACGGGAGAGGUUGGGGGUCAGCCUGGGGGAGAGACCCCCCACUCUGGUGCCUGUCACACAUGUUAUGAUGUGCAUGAACUGCGGUUGCGACUUCUCCCUCACCCUGAGGCGUCAUCACUGCCACGCCUGUGGCAAGAUCGUGUGCAGGAACUGUUCGAGAAACAAGUACCCUCUGAAGUACCUCAAGGACCGGAUGGCCAAGGUCUGCGAUGGCUGCUACGGGGAGCUAAAGAAGAGGAGCGGGGACGUCCCAGGCCUGAUGAGAGAGCGGCCAGUGAGCAUGAGCUUCCCUCUGUCCUCCCCCCGCUUCUCGAGCAGUACCUUCUCAUCCGUCUUCCAUAGCAUCAACCCCUCCACCUUCAAGAAGCAGAAGAAAGUCCCUUCAGCUCUGACCGAGGUGGCCGCCUCUGGAGAGGGCUCCGCCAUCAGUGGCUAUCUCAGCCGAUGUAAGAAAGGCAAGAGGCACUGGAAGAAGCUCUGGUUUGUCAUAAAAGGCAAAGUGCUCUACACCUACAUGGCCAGUGAGGACACAGUGGCCAUGGAGAGUAUGCCCCUGCUAGGGUUCACCAUUGCCCCAGAAAAGGAGGAGGGCAGCAGCGAAGUAGGACCUGUUUUUCACCUUUAUCACAAGAAAACCCUAUUUUAUAGCUUCAAAGCAGAGGAUACCAAUUCAGCUCAGAGGUGGAUUGAGGCCAUGGAAGAUGCAAGUGUGUUAUAGCAGUUAUCAAGCAUGUGGACUCAGAAUAAACCCUUAGGUUGAUAUGUGGACCCUUCUAAAAGCCAGUCCGUGUCUCUGCUCAUCUGUACACACAUUGGAUUCAGCAUGGGGGCCUGACCUUUUCUGCUGGAACCCCCUUGCUUUCAUCAUAAAUGGAGCCCUUAAUGGAUAUUUAUGGACAGUUCCUUUUCAGUCUUCAUGUUUGCCACCCCGCCCCACCCUAGCAUAAACUAUUUCCUUACCCAGCAGUGAGUUAAAAUGCAAUAACAUGAAGACAUGGAAACCAAUAGAAAAAUACAUUUUAGAAAUGCAGGCUUUUUAGUAGAAACAAGCUUUUUCAACUUUUAUUCCUGGUAAACAUUGUCACCUUUCAUAUUAUUGAUUUCGGUGCCUCAGGUGAAACAACAAACAACCAGUAAAUAACAGCUACUCUCAUCAAAAGCACUUUAUUGUUUUACUGAGCUACAACCUCCAGUUUUAUGUUUCUGAGUGAUUUACUUAAGUAAAUAGCAGAUGGAGUCCUGUGGACUAAUUUGCCACCAGUUCGCAACAAGGGUGUAUGGAAAAUGGACUGCAGACCUGGCUAUGGCGACCCUCGGAGGGAAGAGUUCUCCUUACCGUGGAUGGCGCAUGGCACUGGAUAGGAAGGAGAGCAUUUCCUCCUCCAUUUGAUCCCGUGACCUGUAUACUGACACAGUGACUUAGUAAAGGAGGGGGACUCCCUCCUUCCCAUGGCAUCCUCAUCACUACACCAGUGCUGGAAGCUCAGCUGCUGGCAGAUUCAGCCCUUGCCCUGGAGGUCACUGCAAACCCUCCAAAGAGACAAGGUCUGCUUUAAUUUAUUGUGUGCCUUCCUGAGUUUUACCCCACAUGAGCUAACAGCGUUAUGUUUAUGAAAACCUGUUCUUAUUUCGACAUGGUAAUCCUUCUGUAUUACCGAAACCUUGAGAGAGAUAAAAAGAGAGAAAAUAAGAUAACGAUCAGCAGGUGAAUUUGUGGUCUUGCCCAAUGGCUCUGGACACAGUGAGGGAGGGAGCACAGAAGUGUAGUGGCUUGAAGAUACUCUCUAGGUGCCUGGGGCUCAGUCACCUCCUGCUGAUGACUGCUGCUCAU